AUGGUUUCUGAUGCACCUGCAUUUAGGACCACCGUCGUGCUGGCCGCCGUCUUGGCAGUGCUCGUCCUAGCACCGCCAUCCUUAGCAUGCGAGGAGGGGGCUCCGGCUCCGGCUCCGGCACUGGCUCCGGCCCCAGCUCCGGCACCCGUGAUGCUGUGCGGGGAUUGCGAGUCGCGGUGUCAGGCGAGGUCGACGUGCGAAGCCUACGUUGCCGCGGCAGGAUGCGGGAAUGAGUGCGACACCAGCUAUACGCCGGAGUGCGAGCCCUGCAAAUCCAGGGCCAUGCAGUCGUGCACGACCGGCUGCAACAGCUACUGCCUCACCAACUGCCAAGGCAGCCAGUGCGACAACUGCGCCACAUCAUGCGGCGGGCACUGCACCCAAGAAGCCGUGAACGCGUGCCGGAGCAGAUGCACCUACUCCUACUACCAGGUCAAAUCAUGCAAGGAAUGCCAGUCCGAUGCCGCCAGGAGGUGCAUCUACGCCUGCAACACCCAAUGCAAGGCCAACUGCGUCGUCAGCGGCUGA